AAUGGCGAACUUGGUCUUAUCAGAAUGUGGAGUAAGACCUCUCCCCAGAAUCUACGCCACACCCAGAUCCAGUUUCCUCUCUACCAACAAACCCACCUCCUUCAAAUUCAGACAAUCCCCUUCCUCCUCAUCUCUCAACCUUCGUCUGAAUUCUCGAAACUGGGCGUUGAAUGUGAGCACACCUCUAACAGUCGACUCCUCAUCAUCUCCUCCAAUCGAGGAAGAACCCAAAACGCAGAGAUUCGACCCAGGCGCCCCUCCUCCGUUCAACCUAGCGGACAUCAGAGCAGCUAUACCCAAGCAUUGCUGGGUUAAGAAUCCAUGGAAGUCUAUGAGUUACGUCGUCAGAGACGUCGCCAUCGUGUUCGCGUUGGCUGCUGGAGCUGCUUACCUCAACAAUUGGCUCGUUUGGCCUCUCUAUUGGAUUGCUCAAGGAACCAUGUUCUGGGCUCUCUUCGUUCUUGGCCAUGACUGUGGACAUGGUAGCUUCUCAAAUGACCCGAGGUUGAACAGUGUGGUGGGUCACCUUCUUCAUUCCUCUAUUCUAGUCCCUUACCAUGGCUGGAGAAUUAGCCACAGAACUCACCACCAGAACCAUGGACAUGUUGAGAACGACGAAUCUUGGCAUCCUAUGUCUGAGAAAAUCUACAAGAGUUUAGACAAACCGACUCGGUUCUUUAGAUUUACACUGCCUCUUGUGAUGCUCGCUUACCCUUUCUACUUGUGGGCAAGAAGUCCGGGGAAGAAGGGUUCUCAUUACCAUCCAGACAGCGACUUGUUCCUUCCUAAAGAGAGAAAUGAUGUUCUCACUUCUACCGCUUGUUGGACUGCAAUGGCUGCUCUGCUUGUCUGUCUCAACUUCGUGAUGGGUCCAAUGCAAAUGCUGAAACUUUAUGUGAUUCCUUACUGGAUAAAUGUUAUGUGGUUGGACUUUGUGACUUACCUGCAUCACCAUGGUCAUGAAGAUAAGCUCCCUUGGUACCGUGGGAAGGAAUGGAGUUACUUGAGAGGAGGACUUACAACAUUGGACCGUGACUACGGAUUGAUCAACAACAUCCAUCACGACAUUGGAACUCAUGUGAUACAUCAUCUUUUCCCUCAGAUCCCACAUUAUCAUCUAGUAGAAGCAACAGAAGCAGCUAAACCAGUAUUAGGGAAGUAUUAUAGGGAGCCUGAUAAGUCUGGACCUUUGCCAUUGCAUUUACUGGGAAUCUUAGCAAAAAGUAUUAAAGAAGAUCAUUUUGUGAGCGAUGAAGGAGAUGUUGUAUACUAUGAAGCAGACCCUAAUCUCUAUGGACAGAUCAAGGUAACAUCAGAAUGAAAUGAAGCAUGC